AUGAGUAAAGUAACGAUAGAUGUUAGGUAUUUCAAAGUAAUCGGACUAUGGCAGUAUCUCGUGCCGGAGUCCGGUACGAACUACAUGGUGAUUUUGAACCUCAUCCUCGGGAUUCUGUUCACCAUACAGAUCACGAUUCAAAUGUGGAACAACAUUCUGGCCGGUUAUGAAUUUUCGACAUUCACCGAGAAGUUUUCGGUGAACUUGACCUGUUUCGAAUCGGCGAUCAAAAUGCUGUACUACUGCAGUCAAAAGACAUCUUUGAAGUUCCUUAUCAAAUCCUUCAACAGCAAUUUCCUCUUGUGUUCUAAGCACAACGAGGAAGCGACAGAGAGAGUGAUGUCGAAGUGCGCCGAUUUCGUCAACAGGUCCACCAAGAGCUUCAUGUACAUGAUCUUUUCCACGGUGACCGUGUGGAACGCCUUGCCCAUACUGAAAUGCAUCUCGGGCGACUGCGGCUCGUGGCAGAUCAUGCCGUCCUGGUACCCUUUCGACACAACAUAUUUCCCAGUAAACGGACUCAUCUACAUCUUCGAAUUUUACGUCAUGGUCUUUUGCGCCGCACUCCUGUACAACGUCAACUGCCUUUUUUCAGCGCUAGCGCUCAGCAUCGCUGCCCAGUUCGACUUACUCGUCACGAGCCUCUCUUCUAUUCCGCAGAACGCGGAGAGGCUGGCGAAAAAAGAAUCUAAAGAAGAAAUCAUGUCUUUACUACUACGCGAUUGUUUAAUGGAUCACCAAAAUCUCCUCAGGUUGACGAAGGAAUUGGAAAGGAUGUACAACCCCAUGUUCCUGUUCCAAAUGCUGACAAGCACGUUCACAAUUUGCCUCGUCUUGGUCCAGCUGAACGAAUAUCUCGGAGCGAGCGACCAGCUCUCGAUCCCGCUGGCUUGCAAGUUCAUCAUGUACCUCGUCUUCGGUUCCGCGGAGCUGUUCAUCUACAGCUGGGGCGGGCAGAUUAUUUACGACAAGACUAGCAACGUGCACAGAAGCCUGUACGAGACCGGCUGGGACCAGGCGUCGGUCAAGUUCAGGAAGUGCGUCCUGUUCGCGAUGACCCGCAGCUAUCGCCCGGAUUCUCUCACAGCCGGAAAAUUCUACACGGUCGACCUGAACUCAUUUACUCAGACCAUAAAGGCAUCGUACUCUUACUUCACCGUCCUACGAGGUUCUGAUUCGAAGAAACAUUAAAACAUUUGUUAAACUACACAAUGAAUAAGAAUUAAUUGUUUCUUUAAUAAUUGUACUAGACAACUAGA